CUAACUCUCUCUUCUCUCUCUCUACCUCCACCUCCCCGAGUCCCUUCCCAUUCUCUCUCUCUCUCUCUCUCUCUCUCUCUUGUAGCGGAGUUCCAUACGAAGGAGAUGGAGGAGGAGGUCGAAGCCGAAUCUCAGGUGUACAUGGCCUGUGUAAUGCAAGGUCAUAGAGUUGGUGUUGCAUACUAUGACUCGAGUAUCCAUCAACUUUUUGUUUUAGAAGUUUGGGAAGAUGGGAAUGAGGAGUUUCCUCUGAUUGACCUUGUGAAAUAUCAAGCAAAACCUAUGACAAUAUACGCAAGCACUAAAACAGAAGAAGCACUUUUAUCUGCAUUACAACGAAAUGAUGGAGAUGAAGUCACCGUAGUGAAGCUCAUACGAAGUUCAAUAUUCAGCUAUGAACAAGCUUGGCACAGACUGAUAUAUCUAAGAGUUGCUGGGAUGGAUGAAGGCUUAGGUGUGAAGGAGAGAAUUUGCUUCCUUAAUUCUAUGAUGGAUCUUGGAAGUGAUGUCCAAGUUCGUGCUGCUGGAGGUCUCCUUGCUAUAUUAGAGAAUGAGAGGCUUGUUGAUAUCUUUGAACAAAAGGACUGUGGAAACCCAUCAAUAGCAAUAGAUUGUGUGACUCAAAUCUCAUUAGACAAGUAUCUAAAACUUGAUGCAGCUGCACAUGAGGCACUGCAGAUUUUUCAGGUAGACAAGCACCCAAGUCACAUGGGAAUUGGAAGAUCUAAGGAAGGAUUUUCAGUCUUUGGAAUGUUCAAUAAGUGUGUCACACCUAUGGGAAGGCGUCUGUUGAGGACCUGGUUCUUGAGACCAAUACUUGAUUGUGAAAUUUUGAAUAAUCGCUUGGACACUAUAUCAUUUUUUCUCUGCUGUGAAGAAUUAAUGUCUGCUUUACAUGAGGCGUUGAAGUCAGUGAGAGACAUUCAUCACAUGCUGAAGCCUACUGGAAAUGGAUUUUUAGAAUUGGGAAAAGAUUUAUGCGAACUUUUGUUUUUCCUGAAGAAAUUCAACUCUCCGAGUGCCUUCUGUACCAGCAGUGAUUGGAACACAUUUUUGAAGUGCGUUUGUUCCUUGUUGCAUAUAAACAAGAUCAUUGAAGUAGGAAUACCUGAAUACAUUCAGGAGAGAAUGGAAUGCUCAAAGUUGGCCAUACUCGAGAAGGCAAGUUCUUCUAUUACGAAUGAGAUGGUUUAUGUCUUUGAUCUGGUAAUUGGUGUUGUUGAUGUUCAGCGAAGUAAGGAGAAAGGAUAUGACACACUAGUGAAAGAAGGGCUUUGUGAGGAGUUGGAUGAACUGCGAAUGGUAUAUGAAGGAUUGCCAGAUUUUCUAGAGCAGGUGUCGUCUAAUGAAAUUGCUUCCCUUCCUUUCUUGAACGGGAGUAAAAGAGCUCCUUGCAUUGUUUAUGUCCAUCAAAUAGGAUACUUGAUGUGCAUAUUUGAUGAGAAGCUAAGUGAAGACAUGUUGGAGAAACUUAAAGAUUUUGACUUUGCGUUUUCAGAAGAUGGGGAUGAGAAGAAGUUCUUCUAUCAUACUUCAAAGACUAGAGAAUUGGACAAUCUUCUUGGAGAUAUUUACCAUAAAAUUCUUGACAUGGAGAGAGCAAUUAUUAGGGACCUGGUGUCUCGUGUGCUUCAUUUCGCCCCACAACUAGUCAAGGCAGUGAACUUUGCAGCAGAACUUGAUUGCUUUCUGUCAUUGGCUCUAGUUGCUCGUCAGAACAAUUACGUUCGACCCAUCUUGACGGAGGAUACCUUGCUUGAUAUAGAGAAUGGGAGACAUGCUUUGCAGGAAAUGACGGUUGAUACUUUUGUUCCAAAUGAUACAAAGAUCUUUAACAAUGGAAGAAUAAACAUCAUAACUGGUCCAAACUACUCAGGAAAAAGCAUUUAUGUUAAACAGGUUGCUUUAGUGGUUUUUCUUUCCCAUAUUGGGAGUUUCGUACCUGCUGAUUCUGCUAUUGUCGGGAUGACUGACAGGAUUUUUUGCGCUAUGGGAAGCAAACCAAUGACAAGUGAACAAUCAACUUUCAUGAUUGAUCUGCAUCAAGUUGGAAUGAUGCUGAGACAUGCAACGUCAAGAUCCUUAUGUUUGUUGGAUGAAUUUGGCAAGGGUACUUUGACUGAAGAUGGAGUUGGGCUUCUUGGAGGAACUAUCAACUAUUUUGCUAGCUAUGAUCAUCCUCCAAAGGUCCUUUUGUGCACGCAUUUGACAGAGAUCUUUACUGAAAAUUACUUACCGCAGUCUGAACAUAUCAAGUUUUACACUAUGAGUGUGUUGAGACCUGACAGCAACUGCAUGAGCGGUGAAGACGUCAUUUUUCUUUACCGACUUGUACCUGGGCAAGCGCUUAUGAGCUAUGGCUUGCAUUGUGCACGGCUUGCAGGGGUACCUGACGGUGUUGUUGAAAGGGCUACGGUUGUUUUAGAAGCUUUAAAUUUUAAGAAGCCUAUAAGCCGCUUAGAUUCCCAGAUACUAUUGGCUAGAGACCAGCAGUACAAGGAUGCUGUAUCGAAAAUGUUGGCUUUUGAUGCAUGCAAAGGUGAUCUCAGCUCAUUUUUUCAAGAUAUAUUUCCGUUGGAAGCUUAGCAUUUACUGUAGUAUAUUCUGGACUGUUCAUGUAUAAUGAGUGCUCGAAAACAUUUAUAUUAAGAGGUGAAUGAUUAAGCUUGGUGUAAUUUGGCCUCAUCCGGAUGGUAGUUAAGGUUUAGCACAGUUGAGAAAGCAAUGGCAUUUGGUUAUUCUUUGGAUUAUUGGGAAGUGUGGCUUAAAAGACAGUGUAAGAAUUCUCCUUUCUAGAUUCUCAUAAUCUAGUCAACUAAACCCUGGUUAUUGGGAGAGAUAUUGCUUAAAUUGUUUUCUCAGAAAAUUUAGAGAGUGCAACUUAUAUUAAAACUGUGUAUUUCUUAUUUUGCUGCUGAUCUUCCUUAAGGUUAAAAGUU